AUCACGCUUCCUCUUCAGUCAGUUGGGUUACCGGGAGCCUAUCCACGUUUGAGCAGCAGCAGCAUCAACGCACUGUCAUCCUGUUGACAAAAUUCAAGCUGGGGAUAUAGUGAAACCCAUAUCCAUAAUUAAGAGGAUCUGUCCAUCACAGAGCGGGCCCUGUGAUCCAAUCCAGCUCAACUCUCCACCACCCUAUUGAGGGUAAACUGGAACGCUGCCUAACAAACACUGUCCAGAGAUUCCUGAGCUCUAUCCUGCUUUUCAGGUGAUAAACCCCUGCCUUUGAGAUUCCUCAACCCUUCAAUAAUGGAGGACGGCUAUCAGAACAAGACAGCCUUUAUAAAGGGCGCCAAAGACAUUGCCAAGGAGGUCAAGCGCCAGGCAGCCAAGAAAGUGGGCCGCGGUGUGGACAAGAUGACCGACGAGUACAGCAAACGCUCCUACGCCCGCUUCAAGGAAGACGAUGACGAUGACUACCCUGGAGUGCCUGGGGGGCAGGACAGUGGCUACUACCGUGGCAACAGCCAGGCAGCCAAUGACGAUGAAGGUGGCCACAGCGACUCCACAGAGGGCCACGAUGAAGACGACGAGAUCUACGAGGGCGAGUACCAGGGAAUUCCCCGCGCUGACUCAAGCAAGGCUGCCGACAGCCUAGCAGGGGGAGAUGGGCAGCAGUUCAGGGACAUGGCACAGUUGGAGGGGGAGCGGCGGAAGGAUCAAGAAGAGCUAGCCCAGCAGUAUGAGACCAUCCUACAGGAGUGUGGCCAUGGGAAGUUCCAGUGGACCCUCUACUUUGUGCUGGGGCUGGCCCUCAUGGCGGACGGUGUGGAGAUCUUUGUGGUGGGCUUUGUGCUCCCCAGCGCCGAGAAAGAUAUGUGUCUGUCAGAGGAAAGCAAGGGCAUGUUGGGUCUGAUUGUUUAUCUGGGAAUGAUGGUCGGUGCAUUCGUGUGGGGUGGGCUCGCUGAUCGGAUAGGCCGACGGCAGUCCCUUCUCAUCUGCCUCUCCAUCAACAGCGUCUUCUCCUUCUUCUCCUCCUUUGUUCAGGGUUACAGCACCUUUCUCUUCUGCCGACUACUUUCUGGUGUUGGGAUCGGUGGUUCCAUCCCCAUUGUGUUUUCCUACUACUCAGAGUUUCUGGCCCAGGAGAAACGUGGGGAGCACCUCAGUUGGCUCUGCAUGUUCUGGAUGAUUGGUGGCAUCUAUGCCUCAGCCAUGGCAUGGGCCAUCAUCCCACACUAUGGCUGGAGUUUCCAGAUGGGGUCAGCGUACCAGUUCCACAGCUGGCGUGUGUUCGUCCUGGUGUGUGCGUUUCCCUCUGUUGCGGCUAUUGCUUCUCUAACCACCAUGCCAGAAAGCCCUCGCUUCUUCUUAGAGAACGGCAAACACGACGAAGGCUGGAUGAUUCUGAAACAAGUUCACGACACCAACAUGAGAGCAAAGGGACACCCAGAGAAGGUGUUUUCUGUCACCACCAUCAAGACUGUAAAGCAGAUGGACGAGCUGGUGGACAUGGGAGGAGACAUAUCAACUUUGCGACGCUAUAAAUUGAAGCUGACCAGCCUAUUCCAACAGGUGCGGAGUAACUUCUUGGCCAUCUUCAAUCCAGAAUACAAAAGGACCACAUUAAUGAUGAUGGCUGUCUGGUUUACCAUGUCCUUCAGCUACUAUGGGCUGACAGUGUGGUUCCCUGACAUGAUCAAGUACAUCCAGAAGCAGGAAUAUGCCUCACGCACCAAGUUCUUCACCAAGGAGCAAGUGGAGCAUGUCACUUUUAACUUCACCUUGGAAAACCAGGUGCACCGCCAAGGACAGUACUUCAACGACAAGUUCAUCAACCUUAAGAUGAAGUCCAUGGUGUUCGAGGACUCAGUGUUUGAGGAGUGCUACUUUGAGGACAUCACCUCUAGCAGAAGCUUCUUCAGAAACUGCACCUUCAUCUCAACCCUCUUUUACAAUACAGACUUGUUCCAGAACAGAAUCAUCAACAGCAAACUGGUAAACAGCACCUUCCUACACAACAAGGAAGGCUGUCUGCUGGACUUCACUGAUGACAACAACGCAUACAUGAUCUACUUUGUCAGUUUCCUUGGCACUUUGGCCGUAUUACCUGGCAACAUUGUGUCAGCCCUGCUGAUGGACAAAAUUGGACGUCUGAGGAUGUUGGCGGGAUCAAGUGUCAUAUCUUGUAUCAGCUGUUUCUUCCUGUCAUUCGGCAGUACCGAGUCGGGAAUGAUCGCCCUCUUAUGUCUCUUUGGCGGCAUCAGCAUAGCUUCCUGGAAUGCCCUGGAUGUGUUGACUGUAGAACUGUACCCCUCGGAUAAAAGGACCACUGCAUUUGGCUUCUUAAAUGCCCUUUGCAAGCUGGCUGCUGUCCUGGGCAUAAGCAUAUUCCAGUCCUUCGUAGGCAUCACCAAAGCUGUGCCCAUUUUGUUCGCUGCGGGCGCACUCGCUGCCGGCAGUUUCCUAGCACUAAAGCUGCCUGAAACACGGGGCCAGGUGCUGCAGUAGCAUAAUUCACGACCAGAAGGCAGCAGAGUGUAGCUUCAGUGGCCACAUUGCAACCAGGGCCUGACCAACCAUACAAUCCCAGCCCUUAGCAAUCCAACAUUGCUCAUUAAACACUAAUAAACAGACUGUCAUUAACAGUGUCACAACAGUCCCAGAUUACUGACGAUAGCAUCAUACUUAAAAUGCAGAUCUAACCGAUAUAGCCAGCACAGACUAGCUGACAUCUUCACCACAGCAUAAAAUAGCACAUUUUGCUUCUCAGAGACCCUACGGAUUAGACAGAAUGAAAAAUCCUGCCAACAAAGAUACAAGUUUAUAAACCACUGCCAACGGAUACAAAGAUACUGCUUGAUAGCUACAAUGCCUAAUGGGGAUACUUCCCAACAAAAGAGAUCAAACAUCUACAGUCGUGGUCAAAAGUUUUGAGAAUGACACAAGUAUUGGUCUUCACAAAGU